AUCUCACUAGAUAGAAUUGGGUAUAUAACAAUGUCUAAACGGCUAAUUACUGAUUUCUUCGAUAUUCCAAGGCCAAACAUUAAACGUCGUGAUGUAGGCUCUACGUUGUCUAGGAACUCAGAUCCAGACAAGGAAGAUAGUGAUCCAGUAGUAUGUCCAACCGUACCUUCCCUCGGGGAAUGCCCUGGAGAAUUACAAGGUCAAACUGCUACUGGAGAUAGCGAAGUGGUCUCACUGGUGUCGAAGCUACUAGGUGAAGAAUGGUCAGAUAAAUUAAAUAACGAGAUUAAGAAGCCCUAUUUCGGGAACCUCUGGGCAAAGGUUAAUAAAGAUCGUAAAAAUAAACGAGUGUACCCACCGGAACACCUGGUGUUCAACGCUUUCCAAAUUGUGCCGCUGUCAAAAGUUAAAGUGGUAAUAGUCGGCCAGGAUCCAUACCACCAGCCGAAGCAGGCAAUGGGUUUAUCAUUCUCCGUACCCCGGGGAGUGGCAAUACCGCCAAGUCUACGUAACAUCUACAAGGAAAUUGGUAUUGAGCGCAGCCACGGCGAUUUGACCUACUGGGCACAGCAGGGCGUCUUCCUGCUGAACACUGUCCUUACAGUAAUUGACAGCCAGCCGUUCUCACACAAGGAUUACGGCUGGACUAAGUUCACAGAUAUAGUGAUAGAUUUGAUCAACACGCACCGAGAAAAUGUAGUCUUCCUGCUUUGGGGCAAGUCAGCAGAGCAGAAGUGCAGUAAAAUAUCAACCACGCGCCACUGUAUACUGAAGUGCGGACACCCAUCACCGCUAUCGCAAAAACUAUUCUUCGGAUGCGACCACUUCAACAAGUGCAAUGAGUACCUGCGCAACACCAAGCAGAAACCAAUAGACUGGAUGCUGCCACCGUAAUAUGUAAAUAUUAAAGUUAA